AUGUGGGAGUUGCUCGAGAUACAAAAGACCAACGACAACAACAAGUGCGUCGACUGCAAUGCGCCGAGUCCGCAAUGGGCUUCGCCCAAGCUCGGUAUCUUCAUGUGCCUCUCCUGCUCGGGUGUGCACCGCGGUCUGGGUGUGCACAUCUCCUUCAUCCGCAGUAUCACCAUGGACGCCUUCAAGGGCUCGGAACUCGUGCGCAUGGCUGCCGGCGGCAACAAGCCCUUCCAAGACUUCUUCAACACACAUCCUUCGAAUACGAAAGACGGACGUACAUUCGAGGCCUCGUCCAUAUCAGAGCGAUACGACUCGGAAGCGGGCGACGAGUGGAAGGAGAGACUCAGCUGCAAGGUCGAGGACAGGGAAUUUGACAAGGCAAACCUACCCAAGCGGUUACCCAAAAAAGACAAUGCAUCUACAGCCGGCAUGGGCGCGCCCUUGAGCGGACGCGCCAGCGCAGCCGGAAGCCGAAGCCAAACACCCCUAGGAAAGACACGAAGCAACGACGCAGGCUUCCAGCGCUCGGGCUCCCCCGCUCUCGGCACCAACGCCAUGUCUAGUCAGAAAGUGAAGAACGAAGCCUACUUCGCUAAGAUGGGCCAAGAGAACGCCAACAGACCAGACGGCGUUGCGCCGAACCAAGGCGGAAAAUACGGCGGCUUCGGCAGCGAGCCAGAUGCCUGGAAGAAGGAUGACGAGCCUGGUGCGCCUCCUGCGCUGGACGACUUCCAGAAAGAUCCUGUCGCGGCGCUUACCAAGGGCUUUGGCUGGCUAGGCGCAAGCGUGAGUAAAGUAGGCAAGACGGGGUAUGAAGGCUGGGUGAAGCCUGGCAUGGCAAAGCUCGCAGAAGCAGACCUCGCAACCCAAGCCCGCACCACAGCCGGCACCCUCGGCCAAACCCUCCAAUCCGGCGUCGCAAACGCAAACACACAGUUCACGCGCUUCGUCGAAGGAGGCGACUCUGCACACCCUUCUUCUUCUUCCUCUUCCCGGGCCCCGUUGUCGGGUCAGCGCGAACCUGAGCGCAAGGACUUUUGGGAGAGCUUUGGUGCGGCGCCAGCGGGGCCGGCGAAGGAUAAACAGGACUUUUGGGAUGAGUUUGGGAGUGCGGGGGAAGCUAGGGCGGGUGGUGCUGGUAUGGCAGGGAAGAAGCCGAGUGGGAUUGGGACGAGUGCUAUGAAGAAGGGGGGUGCUGGUGGGGGGAUGGGUGGAGGUGGAGGGGCGAAGAAGGAUGAUGAGUGGGGGGAGUGCUCAACCGUUCGCAAACGCCACGACUUCGUCAUCCCACCACGCAAAGCGCAGCGACCACACGAGAUGGAUCAUCUUCCUUCCGCAAACCACGGAAGCUACCUUCUUCAACUGCACAGCUCCUCGACCAUGCCUCGCUCCACCCUCGUCGUCGCGAGUGCAGUCCUCGCACUCCUAUCUCCCCUCGCCCAGGCCAAGAUCAAGAGCGAAAUACGCACGUACCUCUUCACCAGCGACGACUGCAAUGGACCAACUAUCGGCGGCAACGAGGACCUCAAGCCCAACAAGUGUCACGACAUUGUCAGCGGCGCCAACAGCAUGAGGCCUUCGACGAACAAGCACCAGGAGUGGCUCAACCAGAUCAACCUCGGACAGCAAGAGUGCUGGCUCGCCACAUACAAGCAUCACGGCUGCUCAGGCUACCCAUCAAUUGUCGAAGAACUCCCCGGGGCCAUCGAUCAGUGCUUGUCACCAGACGAACAGUUUCUCUCCAUGAUGUUUGGAUGUCGAGACGUGAAGUCAGAGAACGUUACGACGACUACCGUUGUGGUGGCACCACCCAACAUCGUUACCGUGGCUCCGCAGCCGAUCGCAACUUCCUACAUUACGGUAGUUGAACAACCGGCCUCAACCACCAUUACGGUAAUUGAAAAACCGGCCACAACCACCAUUACGGUAAUUGAGCAAGCGAAGAAUACCGUUACCGUCUAUCAGAAGCCGAACAAUACCAUUACCGUCUAUCAGCAGCCGAUCACAACUUCCACCGUGGUCACCGAGGUUGGGAUUGUGGGCUAUCUCACGACAUGGAUGCACGCCGGCAGCUCCUUUACCAACUACGUCUCUACUAUCUUGACGACUUCCACCAAGACUUUGUACUCUACGAAGAGGACUGUCCCCACUUCCACCGAGACUAUCAUCCCGAACCCCACGGAGAUCAUCCCGCUAAGACCCUUCAUCAUGCCGACCUCCAUAGAGACUAUCACCCCGAUGCAUUACGGAACCGUGCUUCCUAGCUCUCGGCCCCAUACCGUAACCGCCUAUGUCGAAGACAGCCACUACCCGCGCGAGCGUCGCUCCGACCCUCAGUCCGAGGCCCAUGCUCUGGAGCCACGCCGCAGGAGCAAGUGGAAGGGCCCUCGGAUUGGUGUAUGGAUGAAGCACCCUUGGUCUCAGGCGGUCAUUUGCUACGAAUGCUACGCCAAGGCUCAUGACAAUCUGUGGAAGUUCGAGUGCCGCUCUGGACCGAACAACCCCGUCUCAUGCGAGGGCCCGGCACCUGAUCCCAACGAAACCGUCACCGUCACACAUACUCCAGAUGUCACGGUAACCCAGGGUGCAGCGAUCACCAGCGUGUCAGUCGUUACAGUAACCGCUGGGCAUGCGAUUACAACGGUCAUCGGCGGCAACCCAAUUCAGCCAAUGCAGACCAUUACGCUCGGCCAGAAGGAAGCCGAUCUAGAACGCCGCUCAUUCCACAGGGCCGUCAGAUUCACCCACCCGUGGUAUCCCGGCACAGAGAUGUGCGCAGAUGCUGAAUGGGAGGAGCGUGGAUCGAAGGGGUCAGAAGUCCGAAUCCAAAAACCCAAGGAAGACAUGAAGAAGUGCACUCCGAAGCAGCAAGUGCAGUACAUCGACGCCACUCCAGAGACGAAGACUGUCGUACUCCCUUACUCUACUGUCUCUGUGAUCUUCAGCACCUCCACGGUUUAUCCUCCGGCUGUCGUCACCGUCGCUCCUCCGUCUAUCGUCACCGUCGCUCCUCCGUCCGUCGUCACGGUCAUUGGCUCUCAACCCGUGGUUACUAUCACCACCAUCUCGGCUCCUGCCAUGGUCACCGUCACUCAUAAGUUCCCUCCUGCACCAUCGUACGUCACCACAACCAUAAUCGCCGCCCCCGAGCCGCCUUGCACCACCGAACCCUACUCCAUCAAAACCGUCUACGUCGACCCUGAGCCACCCUGCACCACCACCCCCGCACCUGUUUCCAUCACAACCACAACCGUCUUCGUCGACCCCGAGCCACCUUGCGAUACGGUCACCGUCGCCCCCGAGCCACCCUGCGACACGGUCACUGUCGUCGGAAGAUCUGCGCCCACGCCCUACACCACCUUCUACUCAAAGCGCCAGCAGCUGCGCGAUCUCUGA